AUAUCAUGGCAGAUGCGUGCCAUGUGAGCUGCCACCGUAGCUACUAGCUAGCCAGCCAUCGGGCGGAAGCAACCAGCCCAUUUCGACGAUCGCGAGAGUACAUAGCCGGCAGCGGCGGGCACGAGGUGGAACAUUCCGAGUUUCCAAGGCUCCAAGAAGAAGAAGAAGAAGCGCGGGCCGUUCUGCUGCGGAUCCCGUGAUGCAGGCGCCCUCCGGGAGAACGUGGUCGCCGAUGGCGACGGAGGCCAACCCCUACGCCAUGCCGGCGCCGGCGCAUAAGAGCACCAAGGAGACGGUGAAGAACGCGCUGUCGCUGUGGGGGCGGAAGGUCGGCGAGGCGAGCAGGAAGGCGGAGGACCUGUCGCGCAACACAUGGCAGCACCUUCGGACGGCGCCUAGCAUCACGGAGGCGGCCGUGGGGAGGAUCGCGCAGGGGACCAAGGUGCUGGCGGAGGGCGGCCACGACAGGAUCUUCCGGCAGGCCUUCAGCGCCCCGCCGGACGAGCAGCUCCGCAAGUCCUACGCCUGCUACCUCUCCACGUCCGCCGGCCCGGUCAUGGGGGUCAUGUACCUCUCCACCGCCCGGGUCGCCUUCUGCAGCGACACCCCGCUCUCCUACGAGGCCCACGCCGGCGACAACACGGAAUGGAGCUACUACAAGGUGGCGAUCCCUCUGCACCGGCUGAGGGCGGCGAUCCCGUCGGCCAGCAAGCUCAAGCCGGCGGAGAAGUUCAUCCAGCUCGUGUCGGUGGAGAACCACGAGUUCUGGCUGAUGGGCUUCGUCAACUACAGCAGCGCCGUCGUGCACUUGCAAGAAGCCCUCAGCGGCUUCCACAAUUUGCAAGCAUGACCACCGCGACCAGCAUCGCACACGCCUGCGGUCUGUGGUACUGGUGUUUUGGCCAAUCGUCAUGCGUGGGAGUGUUUCUGCAAUUCCUACUGUUUUCAUGUAUUUUUUUGGUGGUGCAGAGGAGCCGAGUAAUUGCAGCAUGCUGUUUACUGAGAGCAUUCACAGGAUCGUGACAAUAUUAUUAUUUAGCGGGGAAGGUCGUGACAAUAUUGAUGCGAGCAAAAGUUUGGAAAUCAUUGUAUCCACAUAAUGUCCUUUGCAGACAAAAAAUACUUGGGAAUUAAAAGUUAAAAAAAUUACAUGGUUAGGAACUUCCCUCGCUGUGUCCACAAUGGCAAUUGGGGCCCCUCCCAAAGCAGCAGGAUGCCCCCAUGGGUGCCGUUGGGCGGACGUUGCGCAAACCUCCGCGGUCAUAAUCUCUGAGUUUUGUCUUUUGGCAACUGUGCACAUU